CGUGGGCGGCGGCUCGGAGCUGGUGCCGGGACGGUCCCCAGACAAGGACACCCGGGAGAGAAUCCGGGGGCCGGACGCCUGGGUCCCUAGGGGGCAGCCAUCCGGGGCCGCACGCCCAGGUCCUCGAGGAUAACGAGGGGGACGCAUGCCGGGCCCCUGUGCAGAAAGCGAGGGCUGAAGGGGACCAGGAAACCGGCGCCUGGGUUCUCGUAGGGAUGUGGGGGCCGAACGACUGGGCUCUCCGGUGCGGGCUGCGAUGCAGGGGCGGAGGAAGGAGGAGCAGGUGGCCAGCCCCGAGGGGUCGGGUAUGGGAAGGCUGGAUGCCGGGAGGGGAUCCCCCCUCCCCAGACUCGUCCCGAGCUGCUGGAAAGCCUCCUGUCCAAUGCCCCGCGGGCAGUCGGGCUGUCCCAAGGGCCAGGUGGCUCUGCUUCCAAACUUCUGCCUUACCCCAGGUUGCCAGGAGCAACAGCUUCAUCUUGGGGGAGCGGAGUGCAUGACGACCCUCCCCGCUUCUGGGCCUCACUCCUCUUCCCGGAGGGUCUUCAAGAAGUCGAGCCCUAACUGCAAGCUCACCGUGUACUUGGGCAAGCGGGACUUUGUAGACCACCUGGACAGAGUGGACCCCGUAGAUGGCGUGGUGCUCGUGGACCCUGACUACUUGAAGGACCGCAAAGUGUUCGUGACCCUCACCUGCGCCUUCCGCUAUGGCCGCGAGGACCUGGACGUGCUGGGCCUGUCCUUCCGCAAAGACCUGUUCAUCGCCACCUACCAGGCCUUCCCCCCCAUGCCCAACCCGCCCCGGCCCCCCACCCGCCUUCAGGACCGGCUGCUGAGGAAGCUGGGCCAGCACGCCCACCCCUUUUUUUUCACAAUCCCCCAGAACCUGCCCUGCUCCGUCACGCUGCAGCCGGGCCCAGAGGACACGGGGAAGGCCUGUGGAGUAGACUUUGAGAUUCGAGCCUUCUGUGCCAAAUCGCUAGAAGAGAAAAGCCACAAAAGGAACUCUGUGCGGCUGGUGAUCCGAAAGGUGCAAUUUGCCCCAGAGAAACCCGGCCCCCAGCCCUCAGCAGAAACCACACGCCACUUCCUCAUGUCUGACCGGUCCCUGCACCUCGAGGCUUCCCUGGACAAGGAGCUGUACUACCACGGGGAGCCCCUGAACGUCAACGUCCACGUCACCAACAACUCCACCAAGACCGUCAAGAAGAUCAAAGUCUCUGUGAGACAGUAUGCCGACAUCUGCCUCUUCAGCACCGCCCAGUACAAGUGUCCCGUGGCUCAGAUCGAACAAGAUGACCAGGUGUCGCCCAGCUCCACGUUCUGCAAGGUAUACACCAUCACCCCGCUGCUCAGCGACAACCGGGAGAAGCGGGGUCUUGCCCUGGACGGGAAGCUCAAACACGAGGACACCAACCUGGCUUCCAGCACCAUCGUGAAGGAGGGCGCCAACAAGGAGGUGCUGGGAAUCCUGGUGUCCUACAGGGUCAAGGUGAAGCUGGUGGUGGCUCGUGGCGGGGAUGUCUCUGUGGAGCUGCCUUUUGUCCUCAUGCACCCCAAGCCCCACGAUCACAUCACCCUCCCCAGGCCCCAGACAGCACCCACCCACCCGCCCCCUCUCCUCGCCUCAGCUGCUCCUGAGACAGACGCUCCCGUGGACACCAACCUCAUUGAAUUUGACACCAACUACGCCACAGACGACGACAUCGUGUUCGAGGACUUCGCCCGCCUGCGGCUGAAGGGGAUGAAGGACGAGGAUUACGAGGACCAGUUCUGCUAGAGGGGGUGGAGGGGGCGGGGCCGGAGGGGGAGGGUCCCAGCCCGGCCGCCCUCCCUGCGCUCAGCACCGAGUCCUUGGCGGACCCCUCCGUCCUCCCUCGCCUGUGGCUCCCGGACACGCACUGGACCCUUCUCUUGUUGAUCGUGGGCAUUACUUGUUUGACCCCAGCUGUGCCUCCACAGCCCCCCCAGCGGGUGGCUCAAACCUGCAUCUUCUGGAGGGGGUCCUGGAAAGGGGAAUGACAGUAGGGAGAAGGGGAGAGAGCUCCCACAUCCGACAUCCCCACCCCCCCCCACACACA